GGUAAUGGUCACAAAUUACAAGAUACAAGAUAAACCAUUGCAACCCAUUAUGGGGACGACGAAGCUCUUACAACAUGGCAAUGUGGCUGAAGACUUAUCGUGCAUAGCGUAUUGCAUAAUUUGAUUUACAAAUUUAACAGUAAUGUAUAUUCGCUUUUUAGUUUACCUUAUUAUCAACAGCAGCAUUCAUAAGAUUUAUGCAUCUUCUCGUAACGAAUCACCUGGUUUAACUGGAUAUUCAAAUCAUACGUUGAGAGAACUAGGGGACUUAUUGCAUGGUUACAAGUUCUUUGACAAUUCAGACUAUCCAACUCAGUCACUGCCUGGGGGUAUCAUAUAUCAUCCGAAUGAAAUGUUGCAAGUCCUUAGAGUACCAGAAGAAAGAGCUGACACUCAUGGAAUCGAUAGUUCGCGUUUGUGGUUCGACAGUGCCGGCAGUGCAUUAGUUAAUUACUUCGUUGAUACGAAUACCCAUCCCAACGUACAAAAAUUCGAGGCAUCGUUGAAGGUUUGGUCUCCAUACACAUGCAUUCAGUUCAAGAAACUUCCAAAUCAUAAAUGUGGAUACUUCAAGGAGCCUGCCGUUUGUUUGAAGGACGAGGGUGCUGAUGUUUGCAGCUUUUCGACAGGCAAUCGCCAUAAGAUAAACGGAGGAUAUGCACAGGGAACAGGAGUAGAAGGCUGUGAAGACAACGAAACAGCACGUGGUUUGGGCAUGCUUUUGGGCUUCAUUCGCAUCACAUUGCGGACUGAUCGCGACCAGUUCGUCACAGUAAAUUACCACAAUUUUAAGCCAGAUAAAGUUAAAAGCGGAGGUACCGUGGAAGCCAAAUGGAAGAAAGCCUGGUCAAUAGGAAGAAAAUGCAAGAAGGGCGACACCUUUCAGACUAGCACACCGGUACCGUAUGAUUAUCUAACACUCAUGAGUCGUAGCGAAAAUGACUUUGGAGAUGAUGAUUGCAGAGUGAUAUUUGUGACGAAAGACCCACGCCACCAGCAUAUGCUUGACUUCAUAAAGUACGCCGGUCCUUUCACCACUCACCUGGAUAGAUAUCUGCUAAAUGUCAUGUACAAGUGCAACGAAAAGUGGACGAAGUCGUGUACAUCGCAGGGAAAAACUCCACCGAAGUGUAAAAAUUUUGGGUAUCUGAGCAAAGACUGCAAGUGUAUUUGCCAGAAGGGAAUCACGGGGGCAUCUUGCGAACAUGCUGGCACGGGUGCGACAAUACCCACUCUGGACAGAGCCGGAACGAUUGUUGAGCAUCCCGCCGCGGGACUCUUCACUCUGAAGAAGUACUCAAAGAUGGGUACAUCGCCUCCAUACCCUAAUGCUGACUUCAAGUACACUCAGUACGCUACCAUCAUAAUCAAAGCAAAGAGCGCCCAGACGACGAUCAGUGUCAAGGUGUUUGAACCCGGCUCCGUGGCCGCCAAAGUAAAGAAAAGUGAAAGCAAGCUCAUGAAGGAGCUCAACGAACGAGAUUGUGAGCUGGGCAUGCGAUUGUACUGGGGCGACUUUCCUACGGGGCGGCUCAGGACAGAAUGCUUCUCCACGUUUGUGACCAAUGAGCCUGAGGUGAAUGCCGUCUUCCUGCGCCCGAAGACGCAGCAGGUUGGCCUUGUAUUCAUUGCCCGGCAAGGACAAUUGCUGGGGUCCGCCGAUUUCACCAAGGAGAUGCUUGAGUCGCUCCAAUUCGAAGUGUCCUUUCCGCCAAAUGCAAGUUCCCAACUGAAAGUUGAAAAGGUGAAUGACGGCUCUGACCAGCAACGCCGGGAUGGAUCAGGAACAGGGGACAGCGGCUCGACGGGAGGUGCUGACGGGACAUCUGGUGACGGAUCCACAGGAGGCGGCAGCUCCACAGGAGGUGAUGGAUCCACAGGAGGAAAUAAUUCCACAGGAGGUGAUGGAUCUUCAAGUGGAAACAAUACCACAGGAGGUGAUGGUUCUACGGCGGGAGACGGUUUCGCGGGGACUGGCGACUCUUCGAAGAACGGCACCGACGGAGCCAGCGGCAACAGAUCAGCAUCCAUAAUGUCGGAGAUGAAAAAUGUCAGCCGAGUCUGGCUCGUGGCCGUUCCGCUCCUGUUGAUUCUGCUGUUUCUGGCGUGCUCGUGUAGAGCCGCGAGGAAAAAGAGUGACGAAGAAACGCUGGUGUCCAAUUUUGACCAAGCACUUGACGAAGAUAACGAUGACGAGAGCGACAGUAGCAGCGACAGCGAUUCCGACGCGUUCUGUACGGUGCUUUAAGUGCGUGUUUGAGUGCUAUUCAUCUGCCAGUUUGAGCAUACUAGAAUGCAUGCUCAAUAGUCAAUUGUUCGAAGUUGAGCUGUGGAUAAAUACGUGUAAUAAUUAUACAGUAAA